CCUUUUUUCUUCGGGCAACACCAAGUUUGACAGCACGAAAACAAGCGCAUAAAUGUCUCCCCGCGAUAUUUUCUUGAGAAAUGACUUCUACAAAUGAUGGAAAAGACGUGAAAAGUAAUCCAACUAGUGGCCCAAAGGGCAAAACAUAUUACAUUGAUCUUUACAAGUCGUUGGAGGCUUCGCUCACAUCGUGCGGCAGUCUCCCAGAGCGUUGCGAGGCGCUGUGCCGCGCGUGGGGGCACGUGCACCUGCUGUGCCUGCACUCCGCCACCUCCACACACCCGCACCUCAUCGCGUGGAUACAGAGGCACACCGCCGCCGCUCUACUGCAGACGGAAUGGCAGCAGCCAGCCAGCGCUGAGCACCGAAGCACCCUCGACCGAGCCAUCCAUGGCUUCCUCACGGACGCGGCGGCGGCGGCGCGCGCUCGCGGCAUCUCCCUGCCCUGGGAGACGGCUCUUGUGGCGCGCGCCGAGUGGCUCCGGCAGCAGUCGCCGGACCCGUGGGGGCACCCUGUGCUGAGGGCGCUGUUGGACCCGCAGGGCGCCGCGCCUAGCGAUGUUGAGGUUCUAGAAUGGCUGCGUCAGGAGCGCGGGGUGGUUUUAGUGGCGCGGCUGCGGCAGCUCGCGUCGUCCAAGUGCACGGACCUGGCGCUGCGGCUCGCCUCCGAGGUGAUGGGCCGCGUGCGCGCCGCCUGCCCGCCCGCCAGCGACGCGCCCAGCACUGCUUCCGCCAACCGUCAGUCCGUCAGUCCAUUCGGUGAAGCCCUCACAGCCGACGCGGGGUUCACGACGGACAUCUGGGAGCUGCUCACCGACAUGGAGUUUGUUCUGCUGCACAAGGCUGGGAAGACCUCCGUGUGCAUUGAUCUGGCGAAGCAAGCGCCGCUCCGCAGCGGCUACCAGCUGGUGGAGCGGCUGCGCACGCGCCUCGAGACCUCGCCCAAGGAGAAGAAGCUCUGGAAGAACGCCAAGGAGGUUGCCAUACUCAUUGCACAGGUGUUCGUAGCCCGCUGCAUGGUGAUCCCGUCCUGCUCGGGCAUGGUCCGGCUGGCGCUGUACUGGACCACGCGCGCGCUGGUGCGCCUGCUGCCGCCCGCGCGCCUGCCCGCCGCCGCCGCCGCGCUCGCCGCGCCCGCCCUCGCCCCGAGCCACCUGCACACGCUGGCCAUCGCCACCGAGGCGCAGUGUGGCGAGGAGAUGAAGCCGUUUGUGUGCGAGCUGUACGUGCGCGCCAUCACCGCCGGCAUGAACGAGCUGGAGCGGCUCAAGCUCAACAAGGAGAAGUGCAACGAAGCCCGCGCCCUCGAGCAGACGCUCUCCAUGUGGUUCGUGCAGCUCGGACACGUGCUGGCGCGCAGCACGCGCGUGCAGCUCGAGUGCGCGCUCACCGCCUUCAGCGUGCACCCCGCGCCCGCCAUGUACGAGCGGCUGAGGCGCGCGCCACCCAUGCAUGUGCAGCAGCAAGAGAUCCAAGAAUCCACCGGCCCACAGUCCGAAUUCGGCAGCUGGGCUAACGACAGCCGGUCACAGACCAACCUGGUGAAGACUUCGGAGACCCUCAACCUGAAGCAGCCACAUCUGCAGCAGGCCAAUGUGCUGUCAACGGCUAUAUUGACCGAGGGAGAGACCCUCGGGCUGAGUCCAGAGUUGUGCCAGGAUUUAGCUGUGUUGUUGAGCGGACCCCGAGUGAAGACGCUUUCGUGGGAUAUGGACAGGGAGAAACUCCUAGAGAAUUGCCGCGUAUACAUGGAACGCACGGGCGGCGGCACCCGGGCCCUCACCAAGGAGCUCAAGUACCUCAACCUGGACCUGGCCAAGUUCCAGCAUUUACCCGAGGAGGAUGAGCAUGAAGAUGAUAUCUACUACGGCAUCGAGAAGGGCUACGAGCAUUUAGUCGAGCUACCAGAGCCUGAACCCGAGGAGAUAUGGGCGGACGCGCUUUCGGACGAGGCGCGGACGUCUAGCGCAUGCUCUGAAGAAGACAAGGCGCAACGACGCAAGCACAGGAAGAAACACGUCUCGCACUCGUCUGAAGACGACACUGACCCGCUCAGCUUGCACUCAGAUCAAAAGAAGGACAAACCCAAAAAGGAAAGACAGAGCAGCAAAGAAAGGGCUAACAGCAAGGAAAGACACGGCAGCAAGGAGAGACAUGGCAGCAAGGAAAGACAUGGCAGCAAGGAACGACAUGGCAGCAAGGAAAGACAUGGCAGCAAGGAAAGACAUGGCAGCAAGGAAAGACAUGGCAGCAAAGAAAGACACGGCAGCAAAGAGCGGCCCAGAAGCAAAGAGCGAUCACACAAACAUAAGAGCAAAAGCAAAUCCGACGGACAAUACGCCAGCCACAGUAAAGACAGAAGAAAAGAGGACACGAGCAAAGAGAAACCAAAAAAGGAGAAGAAGGAACGCAAGAAGAAACCCAAAGUGCCAGAAGAGUCGAAUCCUGUUGACCAACCGAAGCCAGCGCCUGGUUCUUUGGCAAACCUAAUCGGGUUGAAGGUUUGCACGUCAACUCAAAACCCUGUUAUAGAGCAAAAGACUAAAGAUACUGAGAAGAGGAAACAAAAGAUGCCAAAGAAAAAGAAAAGUAUGGACAGUGAUCACGAUAGCCAUGGGAAGUCUUCCUUCUCUAGUAUGGUGUCUGUGGAGGGUGCUGUCGAAACUGAUGUGCUAUUUGAUGGUCUGUUCUCUAUAGACGACAUGAAACUGAAAUCGCCUCCUAAAACUAUACUGUCACCUGAAAUCAGCAUAAAGCCCGCCACCGUGACAAACAACAAUGAAUUAAUCUACGCUACCGGACCUGUAACAAUCAAAACCCCUACAAACAAUUUAAGCAGUCAUAAUACUGCUCAAACACCACUGCCGCCGAAAGAAACUAAAGUAGAUAAUUUAAAUAUUAAACCUCUCCUCGACGACGCAUAUGUCCAGCACGGAAGUCCGGUUUGUGAUGAUGUUAGACAACGUAUAACAAAGCUGUUAGGUUUUAGAAAAAAUAAGAGCCAAGACAAUAGUCCUGUCAGGACAGACUCACCUUGUCAGAGUCCUACUAUUGCGAGCACAACAUCCACCGUAAAACACGAAGUAAGCAGUCAAAUAAGUAAAGACGCUAUAGCUAAAAUUAUAAAUAACACUAAACGGGAAACUGUACCAGCCAAAAAAGUUUCGCACAUGGAAUUCUUGAAAAACUAUCCGCAAUUACAAGUUAUGACUGGGCAAAAACUAACCAAGAAGGUAGAACCAACUGAUGUGUUAAUAAAGACCUCUACUAAAACCUACAGCAGUGCGGAAUCAGGAUGCAAAGGAAUAAAAAUUCUAAGCGACCAAAUCUAUCGUCCUGCGAAAACUGGGAACAUGAUAACGCAGCCACCCCAAACUAAUCCUGUACAGGAGCAAGUACCGCCGCCGGGCAUGCAACAAAUUCAGGGAAUGAAGGACUUUUUGACUGAAUUGCAAGGUAUAUCAAAAAUGGGAAAUAAACCAGAGCUAACGGUUAAAAGAACGUCGAAAGAAACUGGAAGCACGCAUGUUAUUAGUUCGUCUGCACCUAUCGUGACUAUCAACAAGUCUGAUCAUACUGGAAAAACCAUAUCUUUAACCCCACCUCAAUGUGCCAAAAUGUUAAUACCACAAAAGAAAGUGGAAAAUGCACCCAACACGUUCGCACGUCGUAUUUAUAUGCAUAAAAAUAAGCAAACCGAUAUUAAAUUGAAACAAAAUGUUGAAGUCGCACCUCCAAAACCUUUGACUGAACAGGAGGCUAUUUCAAACGAAUUAGAAAGGCAUAUAAGAGAAUUUAGAAUGUUGCAAGCGCAACAAUCUAAUAGUAGCAAAUCAGUAAAAGUCGACAGACAUUUAAAAAGUUUGUUGAAACCGAAUAUUUUAGCAAAAUCGAAAACACCGGUAGCAAAUAAAACAUCAGUCGCCGCCAACCCGGUACUAUCAGGGAUACUGACUUCGCCAGAAAAGCAAAAUAUAAAGCCAAUAUUUAACGAGAAUGUUCAAAGUAACGAUCAUGUGCUACAUAAAGAGCCCACUGGUUCAGCUGAUGGAAGUUUAUCUUUACCUAUGUCAAAAUCUGACCAAAAUGAAUUUCAAAAUCUUAUGCAACAAAGGAAUAAAUUGAAUGCUAACAUUUCUUACAGUCAUGCGAGUGAUCAAUUUUUGACCAGCAAGAUUGAGCAUAAUACUCAGUAUUCAAGAACAGCAAAGCCUGUCAGUAUUAACCAGAUAGCUUCUUCUUCUGUCAUUCAGAAUAAUCAGCUUCCAGUACAUGCCAGUACCCUAGAUCAUAAUGUACCAUAUACUGUACAUAACAAAUUGACAACAAUAUCUAACGCGACGCCCAGCCAGCAUACUGUGAUUCAAGAUUUUAAUGCUAGUCCAAAUAUACCUCAACUAAAUAAAACAGAUCAAACACCUGUGGCUAAAAAGCCUUCCAAGCCACGACCACCGAAGAAGAAAGGGAAAGAUCUAAAACCAGACAAACUACAACAGGACUUACAGAAUGUUAUGAGCGCGUUACUUGCACAGAAAACGCCCAGUCGUGGGCACAAUGCUCUCGACAUGACAAUGAAAAGUGAGCAAGAAACCAAAAGUAUUCUAAGACAGCAUAGGAUUCAUAAAGUUAAACCUGAAGUGCAAAAAGUCGUAGAGGACCCCAAGGUCAUAAUAAAGCCUUCUAGCACACAGUCAGUUGCUUCCACUCUUACAAUGACUACACCGGAUAAGAAACCCGAACUUAAAGAUGAUCUGACUAAACGGCCACCUGGAUCUGUUCUGAUCAAGAAUCAGCCUCGGAAAAGACAACCUAAAACCUCAAAGAGUAAAAGUAUACCAGAUGUUUCAAGAUUGCCUGAUGGAGAUAAAAAUACUCCCUCGGUAAACUCUCCUCAACCUGGGAUAUUAAGCCAACCUACAUCUCCAACCAUUUUAGGCCAAUUUGAAGCCCAAAAUGAAAUGCCAUCGCAACCGCACAAUCAAGGCACUGAAGAAGAAUACGCUUUACUUAAUGAUUUAAUUGAUAUGGAUUUAUUGCGAGAAAUCGACGAACUUUCAUCUGAUGAAGAUACACGCAAAACUGCUAUACACAGACACAGACAAGAGACAGUUGAAAAAUGUCUGGCAUUCCAGGGCGACAUAAUAUCUGCCACUAUUCAGAAAUCUCUGCAAAGUCCGCCCAGGCUGAUGACAAGUCCGCCUACUUCUAUAAACAAUGGUCCACCAAAAAAAGUUGAAAGUUCACCAGUGGUUCAUAAUCCUAAGAAAAGCGCUUACCCAAAAGCGGCGUAUACAAUGCCGCUGAAAUAUCAAUCUCAGAAUAAAUACCUUGGAAUGCGGGUAAAGCGUCCUCAUGACGAUCAUCAAUUGUUAAAGCAAGAUGCAUCAAAAGAUUUGGACGAACUUAGCACAGAAAAGAAAACUGAAAGUGCUGUUGAUAAAUUUGCAACAACAACAACAACGCAACAGCCAAUCUCACAGUGCAACAUCACUAAUAGCAUAUUAAAUAGUACGGUGAAUAGCACAACGACGCAAAACAUAAUGAUAACAUCCCUUCCUGUUCAAAAUGUUGUUCUGUUAAGUCCGAAUGCUAUUCCGAUCCAAUCCGUACUACAAUUUCAAGACCCGCAAAUAUAUGCACCUAACAUUCACAGCAUUGAUCAAAAUCCUUAUUUGAUACAUACGCCAAAUUUAGCGUUAUAUCAGCCAACGCCUACGAUUAGUCACGUUAUAGUUGGAAAUGCUGCUACUACUAUUAACGAUGCAUCAAACAAUUAUCCUAUCCAAAUGAGUACGAACCAAAAUCACAAUCACUACUUUGUUGACAAGACUACUGAGAAUAAUACUGUUGUGAAUAAUAUAACUCAAUUUACGAAUACGAGUGUUGAUAAUAACAACAUUGUAACUGCUGCUAAUCAACCCGCAAAUAUUUCGGUACAUAAUGAAUUAAUUAUACCAGCGCAAAGGACAAUAACUGCAGAAGAGAAAAUAAAAUGCGCAGAGUUUGACGUAGAUUCAUUCUUGAUCAAACCUAAUGACCAAAAUGCAAUUCCAGACCAAAAGUCAUGUGAUAUUAAUAAUGAAUUAACUACAAACAAUUUGACUACCACAGGCAUAAUGAAGGAAAGUAAAACAGAAAAACUACCUAACGCCGUUAAUCCAACACCAGAAUCUGUGGAUCCACUACCAAAAGAAAAUAAAACUACAGUAAUAAUUCGGGAACAUAAUAUUGAAAUUAAUACCACUAAACCGAUGGCCAAUGCUAAAAGUACAUCAAACAAUCAUCAACAAACCUUAGAAAAAUCUCAGUUGGACAAUUCAAAAGAAAACCAAAGCACAGAUGUAAAAACGAGACGGAUACUCCUCAGAUCUUCUAAUAAGCUUACAGAUAAAUUAGCGAAAGAAACAGUAAUCCCAAAAUCUAAAUGGCUAGAAACAAAAGAACCAAAUACUACUGAUAAAUGUGCAAAGAAAAGAAUUCGGACUAAAAUUGAAAGAACUCCGACGCCGACACGGGUUUCUAAAAGGAUAUUAGUUAAAAAGGUUGAAGUUGUAUCUACUCCAGUGGAUACAUUAAAAACAAACGUUGAAAAUAAAAAAUGUCUUAACAAUACUGAAGUCGUUCCUCUGUUUGACAUCGAAUCUGAAUUACUAGGAUCUAAAAUAUGUAAAAUAGUGGAACCUAUUGACAAGAAUACUGAAAAUACGAACCCAAUAACCAAUUUAAAUAUAAAUGAUAUGCUUUCCUCUGAAGAUAUCGAAGAAACACUCGAAAACAUUGAAGAAUACAUGAAGGACAUGAUUGAACAAGUCAAUAAAAAGACUGAAUUGAAUUCUGAAAUGAUGUCCGAUAAAUUUGAUAAAUUUUCCUCUACAAGUGAUCUCGUAAUACAAAAUAAAAACAAUUCAAUUCAUGUUCCUGAAAAACUUGUUGAACAAGUCAACCCGAUCACUGUAAAAGAAGUGUCUUCCAAUUUGAAUGAUGUCGAGAAACAAACACAUACGAUAAAAAACAAAAACAUUGAAGAAAAAGAUGUUGUUAAAAAAGACACAUCUGUUCUGAAAAAUCUAACUCUUAAUGACGAUGAAUAUAAUGAAAUUGAGAAUGAUCUACCUGCCAUUGAUUUCAAGGCACUGCCAAGGGAACCUAUACUUAAAUUACCUACAUAUAAAACAGAUUUGAUAUUAAAAGAUAAAGCCAAACAUAAUAUGGAUUCUGAACUAGAAAAGACUAUUCAACCAAGACUUGACCAAAUUGUUGCUGAUAAAGCACUGGCUUAUGAGAACGGUGUUUCUGUUUUAGAGACAAGUAGUUUACAAAACGAUCAUGUUCCUGAAAAACAUGUUAUGGAAGAUAACAUUGCAGAAGUUGAAGAUGUGUCUUUAAUGAACUCAGCAUCAGAACUUACCACCGCUAAAAACGUAGAAGUCGUUAGUGUUGUGAGUAACCUUGACUGUAACAAAAAACAAACAUCAGAAACGGUCAACAAAAAAGAAAUUGCUAUUACCAUGAAUCUUGCAGAUGUAGCAAAAGAAGACGCAUUGGUGCCAAUUGUCGAUAGCAGCAAAAAAGAUAACACUCAUUUGACUAAAAAUGCCGAUGUUACGGACACAACUAGUGCCGAUAAUAUUGUAUCCAAAUCGAAACCUGAAAUUAAUUUGUGUUCAUUUGAAGAGUUCGACAAAAUGAGAGCUAAAAUCCAAAUUGAACAAGUUAAAAGCAUCCCCGCAAAGGACGGUCAGCCAGCAAGAAAAUUUGUCAGAAUUAAGUUACCAAAUGGAAAAUCUUUUAAAGUUACUGUUUUUGGCACCUUAGACUUAAAUUUUGACAGUCUUUUGUCAGAUCCGCAAAUAAAAGAAAUAGUAACUAGCAACUGGACAGAGUGCAAAAGAUAUAAACUAAACGUAAAACAUACGCCUAACAAAGGCGAUCUUCUGCAAGUAAUAGAUGCUGAAGAAAUAAAUGAAAAUGAGCAGGCAACUAUGAAGAUUGUAGAUACUAUCGAUUUAAUUAGCGAUGAUGACUUUGAGGAACCAAAAUUAAAUAAAUUUACUACAGAAUUUGGAGUGUACAAAGUUACAAAUUUGGUCUUAGACAAUAUUGACAGCCACCAGAGUAAAUUCAAUCAAAAGUGUUAUAUAAAGCUAACUAAACAUUCUGAUAGUUUCUUCCAAAAAUAUGAAACGAUCGAUGAGGAAGAUAAUAUUGAUCAAGAAUUAGUAGACAUAUCUGCAACUAAACACGAAUUAGGUCAUCAAUGCAAUGAAAACAAAAAGAAAAUUGAAGUGACAGAGAUCACACUUCCGAAGCCGGAUAUUCCAAGAGAAUCGGUACAAUCUACCAAAGAUUUUCCUAAAUUGAGUAAAAUAGACGAAGUUUUAGAAGAUGUGCAUGAAAUAUCUGUAAGUGAUCAUGAAUUUGAUGUGAUGAAAAAUGUAACUGAAGUUAAAGAUAAGAUCACACCUGUAAAGCAGGUUAUUCAUAGCGAAUCUGAACAUACUUUCAAAGAUGAUUCCGAAAUUAUUAAAACUGACGAAGUUGUAGAAGAUUCGAUUGAAAUAUGUGAGAGUGAUCAUGAACUUAGUUUUCAAUGCAAUGAGAAGAAAAAUCUAUCUGAAGCUAAUAAAGAGCUCUCACCUCCUAAACAGUUUAUUCCCAGCGUGUCCGAACAUACUAUCAAUGAUGCUCCCAAAUUGAAUAAAGUGGACGAAGUUUUAGAAGAUCUUCUAGUAAUAUCUGAAAGUGAUCAUGCAUUUGAUCUUCAAUGCAAUGAAAAUAAAAAUCAAAAUGAAGCUAAACAUGAGAUCACACCUCUGAAGCAAGAUAUUCCUAGCGAGUGUGAACGUAAUAUUAAAGAAGUUCUCGAAUUGAGUAAAGUAGACAAAGUUUUAGAAGAAUUAAUAGAAACACCUGAAAGUGACCAUGAAUUUGAUCUUCAAUGCAAUGAAAAGAAAAAUCAAACUGAACCUAAAGAAAGGAUCUCACCUCCGAAAAAGGUUAUUCCUAGCGAAUCUGAUGAUACUAUCGCAGACGUUCCCAAAUUAAAUAAAGUAGACGACCUUGUAGAAGAAUUUAUAGAAUUAUCUGAAAGUGAUCAUGAAGUUGAUUAUCAAUCCAAUGAACAGACAUAUUUAACUGAAAUGAAAGAUGAGAUUACACUUCCGAAGCCAGAUAGUCCGAGCGCAUCAGUACCAACUAAUAAAGAUAUUCGUGAAUUGACUAAAAUUGACGAAAUUUUGAUGAAACAACUUGAAAAUUUUGUUAAACCUGACACAAGUGUGGCAGCUCCGGAUGUUAUAGAAUUAGACGAUUCUUCUUGCGAUGAAAGUGGUUCCACAAAAUCAGAAAAUAUACCAUUACCUACCGGAAUUGAUUUGAAAAUACCAGAAAUACCUAAAGCCAUUGUGCCUGAACAAAAAAUAUGUGAACUUAAAAACUUACUACUUAAUGAUUUAGGAGUAUUGGAUGAUACACCAACCUUCAACUUAGAAAACAUACCAACGGUUGAUUUAGACGACGAACCUACUCUAGACUCAGAUAACAUACCAACAGUAGAUUUGGACGAAAUAUGUACAGUACAGUCCAGUCCAGUAGCAACAAAUGACUUACAAAUGACGAACGCUACUCCAGUGAUUGACUUAGAUGUCGAAGAGAUAACUAAUACUAAAACGAUGGCUGAUGAACUUUGUAAAAAAUGCUUUAUCCAACUUUUAAAAUGUGAUGAUCUUGUUGAAAAGUGCAAAAUGGUCAAGAAGUGUGCUGUGAAACUAAUCAAUUGUGAUCAUUUAAUACCAGAAAUACCUGAUGUGUCCGAUAAUGAAAUAACCAUUGACUUGCAAUCUCCAACUCCAACGAAAGAAAGUUGUAGAAGUGCAUCACCAUCCAUAUUUGAUUAUCCAAGUAUAUUGACUGAACCAGAUGUCGAAUUAAGCUUACUAUCUUCAGAUUCAGAGUCUAAUCUCGAAGAAUACGAUGGUAGAACUUCACCGGUUAUAGAAGUAUUUGAAGUUAUUGCAAAUUUGCGUAACUUAGAUCAGAAAAAAGAACUAAAGUGCGAAGCGGAGUGGUUUGCCACUAAGAGACCAAUUCAUAUGAGUGAAAUAUGUGAGCGACAAAUUAAUGUAAAACAAAACUCUUUCAAGGAAAAUUUGAGCCUUGUCUCAAUAGUCUUGAAGUUUUUUGAGAAUAGUAAUAUACUUGAUUAUUUGAAACCUUUAGGUAGUUCAUCCGAAACGGAAGUAAAAUCUCUUGAAAAAGAGGAAAUAUUAAUUUUACCACGUGACCUUAAAAGGAAGAGAGAUCUAUGCGACCAAAUAUGUGUGGUACCAAAACUAUCUAAGUUGGCCCUGGACAGCACUAUGCACAGCAUACAAACAUCUAAACCUGAAUUUACCUUGUUAUACACAGAUCCUCUAAGUCUUAUAUCGCCAGCAAUCGAUAGUGCUGAUGAAGAUAUUACUGAGAACAUUCAAGUUGAUGACAUGAAAAUCUUGGAAGUCACGUGUGAUAUUACUAAAGAAGUUUGCCCGAUGUUGGGCUUGGAUAAUUUUGCUAUUAUUUCAAGGUCAACACCUAAUUUUGAGAAAGUUAUUAAGGAAUUGACGAUAGAAGCUGAAGAGCCAUCGAUAUUGUCACAUGAUGUUGAUGAUGCUGAGAACGGUAUUGAUGUUAAAAUUGUACACGACCACUCUGAGUCUUCUAGUGGAAAUGAGCUCAUAGUACAGGAAAAUCAAAUUAUUUCCGAAGAUGGAGAAUCAAAAAUAGAAAAUGCACAAAUCACCAAAGAUAUUACGUCAUCUGAAAUAACCAGUACCGUUACACAAUUUUCAAUUGAAGAUCCCUGUCAAUCGUCUCAAGAAUUAACAAACAACAUAGACUUAUGUACAAAUUCGGUAGAAAUAGAAACUGAUAUUACUGAUGCUGUAAAAGAUAAAUGUAUCGAUGGUGAUCCAAUUAUUAAGUUACUUAAUGAAAUAAAUGCAAAUGAGCCUGUCAAUGAUACACACGUAUCUUCUAAAGCGUAUUAUGCAGAGUGCCAAGACAAAAUAAAAACAGAUGGUGUUAAUGAAAGUAGUGAUCUAUCUGUUUCUGAAAAAGAUAUGAAUGCUAGGGAAAAUUCUGGUUCAACUGGAGAGUUUUAUGACGCAAUUGAUAUUGAAGAACGCUAUUUCGAUGCUGUGGAUGAAAACAAAGAAGAAAACAAUAUGAAAGAAUGUACCAAAAUAGAGGAAGAACUUAUAGCUGAAAAUAAAUCUACAUGCGAUGAAACGGAAAACAUAGAAGGGCAUUUUGUUCAUGAAAACAAAUCGAGUGAAAGUGAAAGUAUACCGACUGAACGACAAAUAUCUCAAUCGAAUGCCAGUGAAAAUACUGAUAAAGAUAGUAAACAUCUUCUAACAAAGAUUCGGGAAGAAGAAAAUGAAAUUCCGGAUAGUACUGAAUCCAUAGAAAUAGAUAUAACUAACAAAGUAAGUCAUGAAACAGAAGAAAUAAAUACUAAUAUUGUGAGAGAUGUAAAAUCUUACGACAAUGAUGAGGAUAAAGUUGGAAUUGAUGAUAUUCUAAUAAAUAAAAGUGGAAUAUCUCGAGAUCCUGAAUCAUCUGGUGAUGACGAUGAAAACGUUGGAAGCGAUGACAAAAAAGUGCAAAAUACGGUAAAUUUGGAUGAAAGUGAUAAUACUGGCAGUGCUGAUGAAGUUAAAUUAGCUGUAGUUGUGGAAACAGAAACCUAUUGUUUACCUGAAAACAUUGAAAAUAAACUCGAAACCAUAGAUACUGCUACACUGAAAAAUCCCGAGAUCCCUAAUGAUAAUGUCAUCUUCACUAAAGAUGUUGGUGAUUUGAUAACCGUAGAAACAAUACCGGAAGAAAUCAGACUAAAAGAAGAAGAAUUAGAAGUUGGCACUUGCUUCGUGCUGUGCCCUCUCGUAGAUAAUUCAUCGGAAACGGAAUCUAUUCACAUAAAUUAUAGCAAUAAUGAGACUUCCGCAGAUUAUUAUGAAAUUAUUCAAAUUAUUAGUGAAAAAGAAGAAGAUAAAAUCGUGGUCCCUGAUUCUGCCGACAGUCCCAAUGUUGUCGAGAGUAACACACCUAAUACUAUGACGCCUAUGGAAGUGGAAGUUAGCGUACACAUAGAAAAUGUAAAAUCUCCCCCUUCGUUUCUUAUCGAAGAAAGUAAUAACGACAACAGUGAAUCAUCGAAUGAAUCUGAUAUGGAAAAUAACAGCUCAAAAUACAAUUUGGAAAAGCUGGAGAUUAAAAAACCUAAGCAAACGUAUAAAAUCAAAAGUUUAAAGCGUAAAAGAGACAUGAAAGAAAUAAGGGUACCGGAAAACAAAAAAUAUCGCAAAGGCAAAAAUAUUGAUUGUAGUAAGGUAAGAAGGGGCGUAGAUGAAUCUUCCUACGGUAAAGAAUAUCACAGGCUUAUCGAAUACAUAGAUUCGGUGGAGUUUUCCUUCGCCCGACCUUUUCAUAAAGAAUGGGUAGACGUAGAUAGUUGUAUAAAAAAUUGGCCUAUAGUUGGCCCGGUGCCUUCUAUAGCAAAUGAGGAUGAUGACAGUGAAACAGACGUCAAGUUGUUUACUGACGAGGAAGUAAAACCCCCAAACAACCCAUUAGACCAGUCUUUAGUAGAAGAGAUCGCAACAGAUUGCCUAGAUAGCCAAUAUCCGUCUGUUGAGGAGACCGAAACCAAUUUCCAUAUGGGUUUUGGUGAGAGGUCCGACAGAGUCAUUCAAAAUUUGAAAGAGGUAGAUGAUAUUUCAAAUAUUUCGGCUGCGACUCUGUCGGACGUAAAACACACUCAGCCGUUACCGUCCGAGGAUAGUAAAACUAAUACGCUAAGCGCCUUCCAAAAAGACAAAGUUGAUCAGCUAAAGCGCUACAUGACCUACAUAAAGCUGAAGGAAAAAGUGCGCACAUACUUUGAAAACAUUCAAUACGAACUUGACACUACCAAGAAAACGAAAGACGUGCCAACUGACAAAGAGGAAGUCCGCAGGAUUCUUCAGAACGUGCCCGGGCUUUACGGCACUGAGUUCAUGGAGCCGCCUCCUUUCGUGCCGAUAGUCCAGGUGGUGCAAGUGGGACAGCUGCCGGUGAGCGCGGCCGCACAGAACCCCGUCACCUGCGACCCCCGCGUCACCCAGGUCUCCGACGCUAGCCCCUCCCAAUGCUCUGAAAAUAGCCCACAAAGCGACAACCAGUCAAACAUCAAAGCAGAAUACACUGAACUCACAACAGCAGAUCUCAGCCUCCCUCCAGUCCAAGAAAUGACGCCACACGAACAGCAAAUGGCCAUGAUCGACCAAAUGAAAACCGAAAACAUGAACCCUGAAGACCUAGUCAUACCGAAGUCGGAGGAAAUUAAAGAUGAACAGGAAAAGACCGAGAUAACGUAUGAGAAUUCAAUGUCUGAAACUAAUCAAUCCAUGGAGUAUUCUUAUGAUUCCAAUGCCAACGAUGUCAACGAUGCCAUCAAUCUAUCGAACCAAAUGACACCAGACUUGUUCACGACGACACCGCAAAAUGAACAAGAACCGGAAGAGUAUAUGCACGUUCCGAAGCAAGAGAAUGGUGCUCCUGAGAAGACAGAUCAAAUCGCUCAUGCCAUGAGCGCGGCCGGAAUCGACAUGACACCAGAAACCACUGUUCCUACGACGAGAGCACAUCAACUUGUCAAUCUGUUAUCACAAAAGGUAAUAAGGCAAAUCCCUGUUAGUACAACGCAGACAUCCACUAAUAAUUACUCUAAAACUUCGAUCAAUGCGAUGGCGUUACAGCAAGCGCUAGCUUCCAUAUUGCCUCCUCCGCUGAACCAGACAUCGGGCGUUGAGGGACAGCAGACGCAAAACACUAAUGUUGGACCUCAAGUGUUGCACAUUGUUCAAGGCAAGAAUGCCAGUGGCAACCAAAUCACGCUUGUAGACAACUCGCAGCCAUCCGUCAUAAACAGCAACGCAACACAAGUGCUACACAUUGUGCAGAACAAAGCUGCUAGUGCUAAUGCGAACGGAAAUCCAGCUGGCCAAGGAAACUCCUUCAGUGGCCUGUCAUUGGUCGAUGCUGGCCUGCAACAGGGCGGCAAUCAACUGCUGCACAUUGUCAACACUGGGAACCAAAAAGGUGGCAAUGCAGGACAGCUACUGAAGAGGGUCAACUUAUUGACGAACCUCGCCAACGUGCAAGGAGGUAAUGAGCAGAAAAUGGUGCAGUUUGUCUGCAAAUCAGCUGAUGGCAAGUCUAUACAUUUGAACGCGCCACAUCAGAGGAGCAUGGUGCUACGGCUGCAGCCAAUCGAGACGCCCAACGUCCAGCAACCUGCUACUCCUAACAAACCAGCUGAUCAACAAGACCUGAGUCCAACACAGAAUGCAGCAAAUUCUCUAACUGGAAAAGAAUCGGCCAGCGAAAUAAAGUCCCGAUCUGUCUACGAAGAAAACUACGCUAAGUUCAUUCAAAACUCAUCAACCAAACCAGGCGCUGGGUCCGCAGAAAAGUCUACAAGUUUGCCCAAGUUCAAUCAAGCAUUUGGAAAACCCGUGUUUCAAGAAGGAGCUGAAAAACAGACUGAUAUGAACAACACACAUCUUAAUCAAGUACUUAACAGUGAAGGCUCCGAACAACAGACUGCCUCGAUAAACCUAGAACAUAUCAAUCAGAUCAACAGUCCACCACUUCUGCUAAGGAAAACGACCACUCCUACUUCACAAACUCAGUCGAAUUUAGUCCAACAGAUCAAACAGACUAUCGCACCAAUGAAUAUUCAGACUAUGCACGGAGGGGUUAUUUACACUCGGCAAAUUCCGGUCAAUAUCGGAGGAGGACAAACGAUCAAUCUCAUAACUGUUCCUAGCACAGAACUUGUCGACGAAAACGGCCAAAAACAACAGCCUAAUGAGAUGGAACCGUCGAUUAUAAAGAUUGUCCCGCAAACACAAACAAGCACAGAAGGUUCAGAAGAUAAUGCCCACAUUAAUGUAUCCAAUGAGAACCCGCCGACGCCUCAACCUCAGCCUGUGCUGACCCAAAUGCGCAUAAAACUGCCAAUGCUGAGUAAAACGCCCCAAAUGCCCGGCGCGAGAGUCGUGCGGCCUUCCUUCUUCCAGAUACAAAGAAACGUUAUAGGAGGAGCGAACCAACCCGUAUACCAGCAGCUAGUUCUGACCGCAGCGCCACCUCUCGGCCAACAAACAAUUCGACUUCCCACUCAAACGCAAACGAGGCCUGUGAAGGUGCCACAAGAAAGUCCAGCUACAUCCGAAUCACAGCUAAGCUCUUCAACGCUCGAGCAGUUGAGGGAAUUCGACAUGGUUCUAGAACAAGUGAAGGAACGGAGCAGUGUACCGCCGAAUGGAAGCUCUAGUAGUACUUAUACGAAACUGCAUACACCAUCCACGGAUACCACCGACAGUGGCGUAUCAGUGCCCACUCCAACCAGCACCUCGUCUUCAGAGCAGCCCACUACACAACAAGUACUAUACUCCAUCGGCAACACAAUGACCACCACCAAUAUGAAUGUCGCGUACGUGAGCAGGAAGUCUACAGCGACCACCUCUGCCACUUCCUCUUACGUCAGGUCACCGGACUCCUCGGGAAUAGCCGAUUCGCCCUCAUCUUCCCAUGUGCCAACAUCUGUGUCUGAAACGCCGACGCCAGCUGAAACAACACAUCAGCCAAAAGCGGCCAAGAUCGGCUCAAAGAGUUGCAAAUCUCGGCCGUCGAAACCCUCAUCCUCGCAUACACCGAGCGCUCUCAAACUCAAUCACAUCACACCGAAAACGUCUACGCAGAAGCCGCUUGAAGACGAGCAAACCACGCAAAGGAUUCUGUACAUCCUCGCCGAGUAUAAAGAGCAAGUGGAAAACUCGCCCGAUAAGGACAAGCCGGCGCCGCGCCGGCGAUCCAACCCACCAAUCUCUGGGUCCGGUUCUUCGAAGCGGAAGAGGAGCGGAGGAAGAAGACCAGGGUGCACGCGAGACCACAGCCCCAUUGAUGACGGCUGCAGGACCAUGGGAUCUGAGGAUAGCAGCUGCGGUACCUCACAAGGAGAUUGCAACGAGAGCUGCAGCAUCGACGCCCUCUCCCCUCAAGAGAGUCCGAGGAAAAUCGUCAGAAAACUGACCUUUGAGCAGGAGACCCCACCAGUGGCGCCGCCCACGCCGCGGCCGCAGGCUCCGAGAAACGUCAUCGUGGCGGAUGGACAGACCAUUACCGUGGCCCGAAGCGCCACCGGCAAGCCAACCACGGCUGUGCUGAUGCCGGCCAACUACAUACUCCCUGUGUCAAUGGUGAAAGGAGGUCAGCAGAUAGCAAUCGUGACCAAUCGGGGACCUAAACUGCUAACCGUCGGAGGCGCGACGGGUGAAGCGGGCGCCGCUAAUGCGUUGCUUCUCCAGCGGUUGAUCGGCCCGGCGGGUUUAAAGCCUGGCUUGUUGGCUAGGCCGGGAGUCAGACACGUUCGUUUACCGACAACUGCACUGCACAACCUGCAGACCUUCAAUAUAGCGACAACAGUUCAACCUCCCGACAGUACUGCCUCCUCAGCCUCUGCCCCAACUCCGCCUGAGCUAGUCGACACUCGGGCCACGAGCUCCCCAUGGAACACUGACUCAGCUACAGAGGUCAAGCCAGAGAGAGGUUCCAGCCCGGAGACGUCAGAGCCAUGGAACCUGGCGACGUCCGACCCUCCCGACUACACGUAUGAAGAGCCGGUGACGACACGAGGCGACGCGGCCGACCGGACUGUCCUUGUGGUGAAGAAAGAUGGGUCCCAUGGUUACCACAGAGUGGCUCAUAUAUCUACGGCGGCGUUGAGGCAUAAAUAUGCCAUACUGGAACAUGAACUUAGGCUGCAGAAGUCCCUAUCAGAAGAGUGUUCGGACCUGGGCGUGGACUCUCCGUCGGCCUCCGAGCUGUUCCCCGAGGCCGAGCUGCUGUUCUCCGCCUCCCCACAGCACGAGCACGACCACCCGCACACGCAGCAGCAUGCAAACCAACCGUCCCUCCUAACCCAGCACUCCAUCCCUCAACCGGACCUAGACGACGCGGCGACAGACCAGCUGCUCCCUCGAGAGCUGGAGCCCGACGGCGCCGCCCUGGAGCAGUCGCUGGCGGAGAGCCUGGGCGGGGGCGGGCUGGCACUACAGCUGGACCAUGAGGAGUUUGCCCGGCAUCAUCCUAAUACGACGUUCCAUAGCGAGCCUAAUGAUCAGGUGCAACCAUUCUCAACCAUAUCAUCCGGGCUGAAAGGACGCCACAUCACGUCCACAAUAUUCCACUCGAACAGCGCUCCGGCCACCGUGCUGAUGACUGCGCCUGCGCAGACCGUCAUAUCACAGGCUGGAGGCGAACCCAGCGCGCACAAUAAUAACGUGAAGUAUGACAUAGACCACAUGAUCAACACCUUACCAGGACAUACCAACCAAGACAUCAACCUCUCAUCCGUACUGGUAAAAGAUGACGGGUUGACUCGAUUCGACAGCAUCCUAACAGAUUCUAGAGAGCUGCAUUUAUCUAAUAACGCGUCGACGGUCGUGCACGGCCACGCAACGCAAGUCAUCCGCCGAGUGAGAUACGACGGCACUGACCAGGACAGAGAUAGGUUCUUGCUAGAGGAGUCAGACGCGCUUAUAGCUGGCGACGAUGCUAAGAUGAACAAUGCUGAGGACAGCUCCCGAGAUGCGACGUUAGAGUCCAUAGAAGAUGAUUGCGAAGAUGAUGAGUCGUCGCCGGAAAGACACGCCGAGCUGUUUUGGGAGUCUAAUUCAACGUCGGAGAGGUCUGAGAGUCGACGGCCUUUAGACUUCAGCAGUGACAGCGACAAAUGUUGCAAUGAUGAGACUAAUUCUACGGAUUCGAGCGGAGUCGGCACGCAUUUGCGCCUCGACUCUGUGAUUAAAGAAGCGCGCGGUAGAGAACGCAGCGGCAGUAUGGAUUGUUCCUCAGCCGACGACACUCUGCACCCGCCUAUACGCACUUACCCUGCUAAAAGGACUUUCCACAACGACGAAGCAGAGAGAAGCCUGUCGGGCAAGACGCGAGCCGGCGAGCGGUCUCCCGACAGUCCUGGCGUGCGGCGGCGCGCGUCCGGCCGCGGGGUCGUGAAGCGAGGCUGCCACUGCUGCAACGGAUCCCCCGCCCCCCCGCGCCCCAAGAAACCCCGCCAGAGGAAACCUACCCUAGACUUCACACACACUAAUUAGGAAAACGAGAAGAUUGUUGUUUGAAGCAACAGACUGAGUACGAUCUCCCUCGAUGCGAAAGCGUCUUUGUAGAUGUAAUUUGUAAAGAUUAAAUUGUUGAACUUGUUUGUGUAUAUAAUUUUAAGCAGUUGCUACUUACCUUACUUACUACACGCAGAUUAUAAUUAUUAAUGGGCUAAGUUGUUGUUUAUGCUUUAGUUUUUAUCGUAAGUUUUAGCAGUUUUAAUUUUGUUUUUUUUUUAUAAAUGUAUUUAGCAUACUUCACUGUAAGUCCGGUUACUGUCCUGAAUAUGAUUUUACUAAGGCUUCUUUUGUAUUAUUGUUACACAUUCUUGUAAUAUAUCCAAAUACAUAUUAUAUUGAUAUGUGACUGUAUAAAAUUGUAUUUCAUAGGUUAUAUUUCCAGUAGAUGAUAAGUGUUUUGUUUGGUGAUUAUAGUCCAUACUCAAAUGUGAAUUUAGUCGUCUUUCGCUGUAAUAAAUAAUCUUAAUUUUGAAGUAAUCCCAUUUUUUUAUAAACCUAGACUGAUGUUUUAUAAAGUUAGCGAUGUUCCUUCAGUUUGCAAUGUCCUCGAAAAGCUUAAUAUAAUGUAUGUUAGGCGAAUCGGUGACGCUAGUAAUUUAGUUGGUUAUUUCUAAGGGCAACUUCCAAGGAUAACUGCACAAAACGCUGCUUUAAAAAGUCGGUUAAUUUAUUUUUGAGACGCUGCGUUUUUUGAUACCCGCAAAUACAUACUUUUCGGUACCAAUAUGUCGACCAAUUUUCGACCGCGGUGCCAGCUUUGUUCAGUUAUAGUAAUGACUGUUUAAAGUUAAAUUAAUAAAAAAAAUAAAAAAUAGUGAAUGGGUAAAACGUUGGAGAUAUUCAUAGUGAUAAAUCAGUGAUGUAAAUAUUUUUGUCCCCCUUUUUUGACUCGGGGGACUCUAGUCACUAUGUUGUACCGAGAUAUUUAGCAUAAAAUAUUAACUUUUGUGUAGUAGUUAACGAGAUUUAAGUAAAGUGGCUGAUGGUGGCACGAAACCUACAAUACCCGUUAGUCGUCCCGCUUGUGUAUAUAGAAGAAGCGAAUUUUUGAAAGGGGUUCGGUACAAAAUGACUUUCUUUGCAAAAUAUGCAUUUUUCAUUCCGAAUUUGUAAAUAGUGAGACCGAAAGUAUUUGACGAUUUUUAGUAAAAAUAACUUAGUACGUUCGGCCAUACUUUAGGCCGUGUUUUUAGUGAAAAUUGUAACUUAAUAUUAUGACAAUUAAGAAGAAAUUACCGCGUCGAGCGAUACCAAUAAUCCCAUAGAUCAGGAUGUUACUUCUUUUAGAUGUAAGAUAGUGUUUAUUAGAUAAAAAUCUCAAGGGCUAAGUUUGAUUGCCUACAUUCAGAGUUACUUGUCUAUAUUUCGCGCCCCUAGUGACCUGUGCCAUUCGCGAAUUAAUUAUCUACCUAGACCUAGACAAGAUGUACGUAAAUAGUAGGUAAUAUGGUGGAACGGUAUAAAAAUACAUUUUUGAAAACUUUAAUGUCUGUAUUCGUUUCUCAAGAAGCCGAUAGGUUUUCUGCCAUUUCUCUUAACAUAAGGGUUCAAUUUUUAUAUAUUAAUCGGGUAUGUUAUUGUUCUAAAAUAUUGUUGGCAAGAAUUCAUACCCUCAGUAUAUUCAAAACAUCGUACAAUAUUGGAGCGCGAUUGAUUUGUUAUGAUUUUUUUCAAUUAGAUAUUAAAUUUUAUUAGCUAUACUUAUGUGAAAAUUGAGAACUACCUACCUAACUAAUUUUUUAUGAUUUACUUAGGUUUCAUCGUUUUUUAAUCCAUCUGGUAACUUGUGUUUGUGAUUAUUAUUAUAAACAUUAUUUUUAAAGUGCUAUCGAAAAAAUGAUAAUUAAAAACUUAUCUAUUAAU